UUUUUGGCAGUAACUUGAACCCCUUUUUGUGUUUAAAAAGAAAGAGGGGAAAUCAAUCAUUAAAUUGAGCGGCGAGGGGAAGAGUGGUGUUUGAAAGAGGAAAAGUUGUCGUCCAAGUGCAGUUCGAUUUCCACUUCCACAAUGAGUAACGAAUACGAUUACCUGUUCAAGCUUCUCCUAAUCGGCGACUCUUCCGUUGGAAAAUCUUGCUUGCUUCUCAGAUUCGCUGAUGACUCCUAUGUGGACAGCUAUAUAAGCACCAUUGGAGUUGAUUUCAAAAUUAGAACCGUGGAGCUGGAAGGGAAAACCGUCAAGCUCCAGAUUUGGGAUACAGCUGGACAGGAGCGAUUCAGGACUAUAACAAGCAGUUAUUAUAGAGGAGCCCAUGGGAUAAUUAUUGUCUAUGAUGUUACUGAGAUGGAAAGCUUCAACAAUGUGAAACAGUGGUUAAAUGAGAUUGAUAGAUAUGCAAAUGACAGUGUAUGCAAGCUUCUUGUGGGGAAUAAAUGUGAUUUAGUUGAUAACAAGGUUGUAGACACGCAAACUGCCAAGGCAUUUGCAGACGAACUUGGUAUCCCGUUCCUUGAGACAAGUGCUAAAGAUUCAAUCAAUGUGGAACAGGCUUUCUUAACUAUGGCAGCGGAGAUUAAGAAGAAGAUGGGAAGCCAACCAACUGUUGGUAAGUCAGCAGAAACUGUUCAAAUGAAGGGGCAGCCGAUCCCACAGAAGAGCAACUGCUGUGGUUAGGUAGAAAUUGUAAUUUUCUACUUUCUGUUAACUAUGUCAGAAUAGGGAGACUGUGUUUCUUGACACCAUUAUGAUAUUUAUGUUUCAGUAACUGUUAAAAAAUAUCAUCUAUCACCUAUUUAGGUAUUUGUAUAAUAUUGUUCUGAAUCUCCUGAUGACUUCUGGUAUUUAGAAUGAAAG